ACUGUCUCAUGCCAAAACACCCAUUUUCUUACAUUUCUUCGAUUGCAAUUCUCCUCCUCUUGAGCUUCCCUUGAUUGGCCUUUUUUACUUUUUCAAAUUUCAACGGUUAGAAAUUACGAAGAUGAAGAACAAAGCAUCUGUUUUGUUGAAACAGAUAGUCUCUAUCAUAAGCUCUCUAAUCAAAGCCAAAUCAAUGGCUUUGAAGAGCAAAACCAACGCAAUGAAAGCAAGGAUUAUAAUCUUUGGUCUAUUGAGGAAUAAAAAGGCCUUAUUCCCAGAAAUCUCUCAGAAAAUCCAUGCAUUGCUCGGUCACAACAAAAGACACGUCAGCAGUGAAGGCGUCGACGAAUCCAGGGAAACCGACAAGGCUAUCUUUGGUAUGUUGAGGAGUAAGAAGUUCUUGUUUCCAGAAAUCUCUCAUAAAUUCCAUGCAUUGCUCGGGCACAGCAAAAGACACGUCAGCAGUGAAGGUGUCGACGAAGCUGGGGAUGCUGACAUGGCCAUCGUCGUCUACAAUGCUAUGACGAAUGAGGGCCCACCGGACCCAUGUUACACGCUCUCCGUGGUGGAUGACAUCGAUGGUGAUAGCGAUAGCGAUGAUGAUAGGUACCCUGAUCUGACCCACUCGCUCUUCGACGAGCUUGAGUUUGAUGACGGGAGCAAGUCGGUUAUCGAUUUGGUGCGGGACGCGCGGGAGGAUGGAGGGUCGGAUUUCAACCUCGAGGAUGAGAUUGACCACGUGGCGGACGUGUUCAUAAGGAGGAUGAAAAGGCAGAUGCAAAUGCAGAAGCAAGACUCUCUCAAGAGGUACAACGAUAUGCUUGAUAGGAGCAUGUAGAAAGAAAAAGGCUCUCGGGAGACAACGGCUAGUUUUUUCUUCAGAUUUUAUAGUUGCAAAUCGAAACUUAGAGAAAAAUGCGAAAAAGUAAUACUUGAUUUGUUGACUGAUGUUAAGGACCCAAUGCACGAAAUUUUAGAUGUUCUGCUUCUUUGGGUCUAAUAUAGGAUUGUGUAUAUAUCAUCAACUUGGAAUCCAAAGAUGUGAUUUUAUUUUUAUUUUUUU